AUGACGACUGCCUCUUUGGAAACCCCAUCCCGUCGUAUAUUCGUCCUGGUGGAAGUGCAUCUCGGCACUGCCCCUCAGCCGGAAGAGAGCCAGUCCGCGCCGAUGGGAACUGCCGAAGUGGAGGCCCUCUUUUCCCCCCGCAUUGGUUCGCCAGUUGGGCGAUUGGUCAAGUGGGAGCACUCCGGAAGGGACCAGGACGGACUGGAAUUCAAGGAUUCUUCAUGA